AUGUACGACCCCGAGCGCGGCUGGAGCCUGUCCUUCGGGGGCAGCGGCUUCCUGGGCUUGUACUACGUUGGGGUGACCCGCUGCCUGAGCGAGCGCGCCCCGUAUCUCCUCCACAACGCGCGCAAGAUCUUCGGCUCCUCGGCCGGGGCGCUGCACGCCGCCACCUUCCUGUCCGGGAUCCCGCUGGACCGGGUCCUGCAGAUCGUCUUGGACUUCAUCUGGAAGGCCAGGAGACGGAAUCUUGGUGUCCUGCACCCGUCCUUCAACAUAGGCAAGUGCCUCCGAGAUGGCCUGCAGGAGCACCUCCCAGACAACGUCCACCAGCUCAUCUCGGGCAAGAUCAGCAUAUCGCUCACCAGGGUGUCUGAUGGGAAGAACGUGCUGGUGUCUGACUUCCAGUCCAAAGCUGAAGUGGUGGACGCCCUGCUCUGUUCCUCCUUCAUCCCCUUCUACUGUGGCCUGAUCCCUCCUGCCUUCCGAGGAGUGCGUUACAUAGAUGGCGGAUUCAGUGACAACCUACCCCUUGCGGAUGUCAAGACCACCAUCACUGUGUGCCCCUUCUACGGGGAGUUUGACAUCUGCCCUAAAAUCAAGUCCACAAACUUCCUUCACGUGAACAUCACCAACUUCAGCUUCCACCUCAGCAUGAGGAACUUCUACCUCCUGUCCAGAUCGCUUUUCCCCCCAGACUUCAAGGUGAUGAGAGAGAUAUGCCUUCGGGGGUAUUUGGACGCCUACAGGUUCUUGGAAGAGAAUGGCAUCUGUGACUGGCCCCAGCUGUGCCCGAGUUUGUCCUCAGAAGAGGAAGAGCCAGAGGCCAUCUUGCCCUGCUGGGAGGACCAGAGGCAGCAGCUGUCCCUGACCCUGGGGCUGGCCGAGGGGGAGGAGCUGCUGGAGCGCCUCAGCACCCUGCCCUGGGACGAGCACAUCCUGGACACCUUGUCACCCAGGCUGGCCGCAGGGCUGGCGGAAGCCAUGAGGGACAGGCGUGGCUACCUGAGCAGGCUGUCCAGCCUCCUGCCUGUGCGGGUCAUGUCCUACGUCAUGCUGCCCUGCACGCUGCCCGUGGAGUCGGCCAUCGCCCUCCUGCACAGGCUGCUGAUCUGGCUUCCCAAUAUCCCAGAUGACAUCCAGUGGCUGCAGUGGGCCACCUCCCAGGUGUGUGCCCGCAUGAUGACGUGCCUGCUCCCCUCUUCCAGGUAA